AUGGUAUCAGAUCUUAAUUUUGAACAACGAAAUAAUACAAAUAUACAAAUACGUUUAUUACAAAUGAAACAUGAAUUUUAUGAGAAAUUACGUAAUGUUGAAAAUCGUUAUAAAAAUGAAAUUGAAGAUUUAACACGACGUUAUGAACAAAUGAAAGUUGAAAAUGAUACACUAGAGAAACGUUUAAAAGAGGUACUUGCAUUAUCUCUUACUUUAUUUUUCAAUUCGAACUUAUUCACAAUAUUCCUAAAAUUUCGAACUAAUUUUUGUAUUCCAUGAAAUCAUGAGAUUACAAAAGAUUAAAGAUUAACAAAGUUGUUAUAUUUUAAA